UAAUCUUCACACCAGGUCUUUUCUGUGCUUUAGGUUGACUCUUCACCACACUGAAACCAUUAGGAAAAAUCCUUGUGGUUAACAGCAGAGGCUUCAGAGUGUAACCUGUACUCGGGCCUAGAAAUUAUUUUAAAUGGCGACUGAUACGUCUCAAGGUGAACUCGUCCAUCCUAAGGCACUCCCACUUAUAGUAGGAGCUCAGCUGAUCCACGCGGACAAGUUAGGUGAGAAGGUGGAAGAGAGCACCAUGCCGAUUCGUCGAGCUGUGAAUUCUACCCGGGAAACUCCUCCUAAAAGCAAGCUUGCUGAAGGGGAGGAAGAAAAGCCAGAACCAGACAUAAGUUCUGAGGAAUCUGUCUCCACUGUAGAAGAACAAGAGAAUGAAACUCCACCUGCUACAUCUAGUGAGACAGAGCAGCCAAAGGGGGAACCUGAGAAUGAAGAGAAGGAAGAAAACAAGUUGUCUGAGGAAACUAAAAAGGAUGAGAAAGAUCAAUCUAAAGAAAAGGAGAAGAAAGUGAAAAAAACAAUACCUUCCUGGGCUACUCUUUCUGCCAGCCAGCUAGCCAGGGCCCAGAAACAAACACCAAUGGCUUCUUCCCCACGUCCCAAGAUGGAUGCCAUCCUAACUGAGGCCAUUAAGGCAUGCUUCCAGAAGAGUGGUGCAUCGGUUGUUGCUAUUCGAAAAUAUAUCAUCCAUAAGUAUCCUUCUCUGGAGCUAGAGAGAAGGGGUUAUCUCCUUAAACAAGCACUGAAAAGAGAAUUAAAUAGAGGGGUCAUCAAACAGGUAAAAGGAAAAGGUGCAUCUGGAAGUUUUAUUGUGGUCCAGAAAUCAAGAAAAACACCUCAGAAAUCUAGAAACAGAAAGAAGAGGAGCUCUGCAGUGGAUCCAGAACCACAAGUAAAAUUGGAGGAUGUCCUCCCACUGGCCUUUACUCGCCUUUGUGAACCUAAAGAAGCUUCCUAUAGUCUCAUCAGAAAAUACGUGUCUCAGUAUUAUCCUAAGCUUAGAGUGGAUAUCAGGCCUCAGCUGUUGAAGAAUGCUCUGCAGAGAGCAGUAGAGAGAGGCCAGUUAGAACAAAUAACUGGCAAAGGUGCUUCUGGGACAUUCCAGCUGAAGAAAUCAGGGGAGAAACCCCUGCUUGGUGGAAGCCUGAUGGAAUAUGCAAUCUUGUCUGCCAUUGCUGCCAUGAAUGAGCCGAAGACUUGCUCCACCACUGCUCUGAAGAAGUAUGUCCUGGAGAACCACCCAGGGACCAAUUCUAACUACCAAAUGCAUUUGCUGAAGAAAACCCUGCAGAAAUGUGAAAAGAAUGGGUGGAUGGAACAGAUCUCUGGUAAAGGAUUCAGUGGCACCUUCCAGCUCUGUUUUCCCUAUUACCCCAGCCCAGGAGUUCUGUUCCCAAAAAAAGAGCCAGAUGAUUCUAAAGAUGAGGAUGAAGAUGAAGAUGAAGAUGAGGAUGAAGAUGAAUCAUCAGAAGAAGACUCUGAAGACGAAGAGCCACCACCUAAAAGAAGGUUGCAGAAGAAAACUCCAGCCAAGUCCCCAGGGAAGGCUGCAUCUAUGAAGCAGAGAGGAUCCAAGCCUACACAUAAAGUCCCCACUGCCCAGAGGGGGAAAGCUAGGCCCCUGCCCAAGAAAACCCCUCCUAAGGCCAAAACUCCUGCCAAGAAAGCCAGACCUUCGCCCUCAGGCAUCAAGAAACCUAGCGGUGGGUCUUCAAAGAAACCUGCAGCCAGUGCAAGAAAAGAAGUAAAAUUGCCUGGCAAGGGCAAAUCCACCAUGAAGAAGUCUUUCAAAGCAAAAAAGUAAAUUUUAUAGGGAAAAGGGUAUCAUGAUGAAAUUCAAACUUAUUUUCUAAGGUCAGUGUGCAUUUGUUUUAGUUUUGAUGCUUUUGAAAUUACAUUGUUUUCUUCCCCUGUGAACAUUGUGGGGAGGGACUUUAAAUAACGAGUUUAGGCAUUUGUUAGCUUUAGGUGCUGUUUUUGGUGCCUGCUCCUUCUCUCAGUCAUUUUAAUUUCUGCAAUAAUCCUUGGUUUUUCUAAACUAUGUAAUCUACAUUUGUUCUUUUUGUUCCCUGUACCCUAGCCCCUUACCUUUUUGUGUGGUCAGCUCUGGCUGCCCCGUCUCUUCCAGUUUUAUCUAAACAGUUGCAGAGAUUUUUAUAUUUCUAGAAAGCAUCAAGAACAGAAUGCUGGUCCGGUGCUGGAAGUAAAAAGGAAGCAGUAUAGCACUGACUGAAUUGUAAAGCCUCCUACCCGGAGACUUCAGUUAUAGCUAUAAUUAAUCUUAUUUAUAAAACCACUCCAUUAACCCAUUCUCUCCAACAGUGAACAUAAGACAUCUAUCUUAGCUUUGGGAAUAAGCCAAAAGUGGUAUGAUCUCAUUAGAUUCUGAAGACAGAACUCCGCUGGGUCUCUUUUCACAUUGAUCAAUCUUCAGGUAAUUUUACUGGCCCAGAGUGUUUUAUUCCCUGAACAGCAAGCACAGCUUCUCUAUACCACUUGGUUUUGACUGAAGGGAAAGUGUAAGAAUAUAUUGAAUAUGUGAUUUCUGGUGUCACCUGUACUACCAAAAAUCAAAACAAAAUCUUCUUGAUCAAAUGUUUAAAUAUAUUUUUAAUAUUUGGAGCAUGAAUUGUCAUUUUCUGUUUGCCUUUUUUAUAAGGAAACGUUGGAGAGUUGCAUCAUUGCAAAUGUAGAAAUAUUAAGUGGAAAAACAUACAGACUGCUAAAAUAAACUAGAUUCGAGAUUCAUCUGUGGGUUUUUUCCCCCUCCUUUCUUUCCACAGCACUUUUUAUUAUCAAGCAGGUGGCCUCCUUUUUGAGAUAAUAAUAAAAAGUAAAGAAAAGGAAAAAAGCAAUUGAAGCCCAACUACCUAACCCUUUCUCAUUUGUAUUUGUUUUAGUAUUGUGAAGUUGUGUUAAAUAGUACUAGCUUUCUACUUGACAGAUACUGAUUUCUGGUUAUCAUUUAUCUUCCUUGUGGCACUUGACAUUUUAAUGGUCUUAAACUUCUGGUGUACAUCUUCUGGCCCCUUGAGUGCUGCCAGAGUCAAAAGAUACUUGUUUCACAUUCAUUCCACUUGCAUUGUCUCCUGGGAUCCCUUCUGCAGCCUGAAGUGUGGCUGGGAAAUGGACUUGUGAAGAUUGGCUUGAAGUAGAUCAUAAUCAUGUGUGAUCCCAUCAUGAGUUCAUUGGAAUCUGUGUUGCAUGUAAGGCAAUCUUUCCUGUUGUAAAUCUUCCUUUUUUUAUGUACAUAUAUUUUGAAAAAUAUGAAUAAACAUGAAAUUUUAAAAGCU